UGUAUUAUACUCCUCAGCCCAAGAAAUAAAACGAGUUCCAAUCUCAAAAGUUUACCCCCUACCGUAGUCGCUCAUGACCUUAGUAUUCCUGGUAUCGUUGGCUGUAUCGACGGAACAUUCAUAGAAACAAGAUGUCCUGUUCAUAAAAUGCCUUCAACAUAUGUUAAUCGUCAUCAUCAAAUUUCGCUUACACUACAAGCAAUUUGUGAUGCUCGAAAAAAAUUUAUCGAUUGUUUUACUGGUGUUUCGGGAAAGUGCCAUGAUUCUCGUGUCAGCGAUGAGUAUCACAUUAUAGGUGAUGCUGCGUACCCAAUUUCAAAAAACGUUUUGACACCUUACAGAAAUAAUGAAAAUUUAACUAUUGUGCAACGACGAUUUAAUGAAAAAUUGAAUGCUAACUCGUGUUAA